GACGCGCGUCCGCCGCGGGCCGUGUGUGCGGCGCGAUCUCCGAGGUGCUUUGCCUUCUGGACGGUCACCAUGUUGUGCCGGGCGGCGUGCAGCACGAGCAGGAAGCUGGUGCCAGCUCUGGGGUCUCUGGGGUCCCGGCAGAAGCACAGCCUCCCCGACUUGCAGUAUGAUUAUGGCGCUCUGGAGCCCUACAUCAACGCCCAGAUCAUGCAGCUGCACCACAGCAAGCACCACGCGGCCUAUGUGAACAACCUGAACGUCACCGAGGAGAAGUACCAGGAGGCGCUGGCCAAGGGGGACGUGACAGCUCAGAUUGCUCUGCAGCCUGCACUCAAGUUCAAUGGUGGAGGCCAUAUCAAUCAUACCAUUUUCUGGACAAACCUGAGCCCCAAUGGCGGGGGAGAACCCAAAGGGGAAUUGCUGGACGCCAUCAAACGUGACUUUGGUUCCUUCGACAAAUUUAAAGAGAAGUUGACUGCUGUAUCGGCUGGUGUCCAAGGCUCGGGUUGGGGUUGGCUUGGUUUCAAUAAGGACCAGGGACGCCUCCAGAUUGUUGCCUGUCCUAACCAGGAUCCCCUGCAGGGAACAACAGGUCUUAUUCCCCUGCUGGGGAUUGACGUGUGGGAGCACGCUUAUUACCUUCAGUAUAAAAAUGUCAGGCCUGAUUAUCUGAAAGCCAUUUGGAAUGUGAUCAACUGGGAGAAUGUAUCUGAGAGAUACAUGGCUUGCAAAAAGUAAAGCAUUAUCGUUACACCGAGUGCAUUAAGCAAUUUCCAACUAUUUUUGUAGUAGCUCGAAGUACCACAGUAUACCAGUAAGCUGCUCUAGGAUAGCAUUUCUGAAUGUGGCUUAUUCAGAUAUUUGAUAAACGUAAUGCUAUGAAUAAUUUCCUGUUUUACAAUUUUGUUAUUGGGCAACUGUUUGAAAAUAUUAAAUGCUUUGUAUGAUUCGGU